AUGACACGAGCGGAAGUGAGGAAAUCCUUUUCCCAGAAGCAUGGAGAGAUGAAACAGCAGAAAAUGAAGAUAUCCAUCGGAAGAAUGGACGAAGAUCUGAAGCGGGGCAAAGUGAAGAAAGUGAAUAAAGUUAGUGACAAAGAGAUAAAGCAGGAGAAGGAGAAGAAAUCCGCUGCCAAAGUGAAUGGAGAUACGAAGCAGGAGGAAUUAACGCAUUUCACUGCCCAAGUGGAUGAAAAGAGGAAGCAAAAGAAAGUGAAGAGGUCCUUGCCUGAAGUGAAUGAAAAGAUGAAGCAGGAGGAAUUAACGCAUUUCACUGCCCAAGUGGAUGAAAAGAGGAAGCAAAAGAAAGUGAAGAGGUCCUUGCCUGAAGUGAAUGAAAAGAUGAAGCAAGAGGAUGUGAGGAAAUUCGCUGCCAAUGAAGGAGAUGAAGCAGGUGAAGCAGAAGCCUGA